GACACACUUCCUCUCCAUCUUGGCACAAAUCUCAAUUUAAAGAUUCAUACUCCUAAAUACCAAAUUGCCAUCCCCAGCAUGGCACCAACAACGGAGGAAUACCCCCUUGACGCUCCCGCCUACCCAUCACAAAAAGUAGCAGUUAUCUUCCCGGGACCCUCGGAAAUCAAACACAUCCACACCGAGCGUCUCAUCCUUCGCCCGUUCCAAUUAGACAAUAAGGAAGAUGCAGCAGGAUUGUUCCGCACUCGGUGUCAGCAGGAAGUUAUAAGUUGGAUGAAAUCGCGGGGUCCCUGUUAUACCCCGCCUCGCAGGGGCAGCUACAGGGCUUGGCGAUAAGAAUGAUGGAGCACAGAUGGAGUACUAAUGGGCCCCGCCUCCAAUUAAGAGUGAAAGAUAUGUAUGUAUACGCUUUUUUUUUUUUGCGUACACCCUUCGUACAGGCUCUUUAACAUUUUCCCUUCCUCUCACUACGUUUGUUUUAGGGCAUAUGCCCGAACAGACCUUGGUCUCGUAAGGACACUACUGUUUUCCAUAUAACUCUCGACUCGAGGGUUUCCUGGUUUCGCCGCAAGCCCUAAGGAAAGGAUGCUAAAAAAUAGUCGGCGAGAUAUCAUUGACCGUCCAUGUACUCCUAUAUGUUAUUUGGAAUUUUCGAAAUGCAUGAUUGGAUCUUUUCAAUUUACUAAAUUUUUAUCGCCCACAUGUCCCCUCGUAUCGCUCU